AUGGGCACCUGCACAGCCAGCGGUUCAGUCAUAGACAUGUUCAUUGUUGAGCAGCAGCUUGCCAACGCUGUGCGAGACAUUGACGUCGAUUUCGACUGGGAUGCUAGGCCGCACUUCCCUGUUGUGCUGGAUCUGCCGCCAGAUUUUGGAGAGGCCAAGGCAGUGUUGCGAGAAGGCUUCGCCUCGGCCUACGCGCACUGGGCCAGCGCCGCCGAGCUCGAGCUAGCGCAGUGGACGGCCGCCAAGAUUCGCGAGCGCAAGUCGUUAGCAGUAUUCGAUCUUAUUUCCCGUGUGGUGCGUGCCAAGCCGCAGCAUGUGAUGCAGAACGAGUGCACGCGCACGCUCAUCAAAGAUAUACAGCAUUAUAUCAUGCCCUUGCACGCUGAUUUCGAGGCCGAAGCUUUUUGUUGCAGCAAGAUAGCUGCCACGGUCGCGCAGCUGCUCUCGUUCAAGGCCAGAGCUGACGCAUGCGCCAAGAAGGUCAUUUCAGAUGUGCGGUCAGCCAACGCCAGCUCUUGGAAGGAGUGGGUAGACAAGGCCCUCGACAAGGGGGCCAAGGCCGCACACAAGUUCAUUAAGGAGCGUACCAAAUGGGAGCCUGACACGGUGGUCAUCGAGGGUAAGCUCACAGCCUCCAUACAGGGCACCCUGGACACCUACAAGGCCAAGUUCGGGAACUUUUGGGAGCCCUCGGUCGAGCCCCUCCACAGGGACAACAACCUCCACGAGCCCAUCGGGAUCCCCUCAGUAGAAGCUCUCAGGGACCUCUCCAAGAGUUACUCCAAGUCCUCGGCCGUCUCCCUCGACGGGUUCCACAUGAGGCACCUUAGUAUGUUAUCUGAUGAGGCCCUUGAGGCCUUUGCCAGACUCAUCUACAUCUCCGAG